UGUAAAAAGCGGAAGUUUUAUAGCACAAUAUCAAAAUAUGACACUCGUCGUGCUUCCUUGGCAUUUGCUUAUCAACCAAUAACAUAAAAACAAACCUUAAGAUUUGUUUAUUGGGCAAUUAAAUGAUGACUCAAUAGACAAAUGUAUAAACUGAUUAAAUAAACCCAAAAUUAAUAUGAUUUAAGCAACUCGACAAACAAGUGAAAUAAUUAUCAUAAAUAAACUGCUGAUUAUACGAAGAAUGUUUGUUAUAUAGUAUGUAUUUACUUGCAGAUGUUGAAGAUAUGAUGUUUGCCUAGAGCGCAGGCCGUUCCUGGAAAAGGAUUAACGAGACUUUUGGCAAACAGAUUAUUUACUCAACAUGUGCCGCAGCUGCUAAGAGUUAAAGCAUUCAAUUAUCAACACAAAAUUGCGAUAAGAAAGUAAAAUUUGAUCAAGUAGAAGAAUGCAUUUCCACAAUGAGACCGAGUUAAACACAAAUGACAGCAAUAAUAUACAUAUCAUAAAUCGGACGAGUGGUAAAAAUUGCAGCACAUCCUCAACAGAUUCCGGCGUCGGUUUGGUUGAUAACUCAGCGACAUACAGAGCGAGUCCAACGAUCACGAAAAGCAAAAAGAACGAAGAAACAAAGAAGACGCAAGAGAGUGCCGAAACAGCAGCUGGAGAAGAGAAAGAGGAGAAGGCAAAACCCGACGCGGAAGCGAAACCGCAACGUAUCAGCAUUGAGGUGGAGGCUAAAGUGAACCUCAAUAAGGCAACCACAACAAGGAAAACAUCACCCGCUCUUUCAGUACGCAGCACCACGAUCUCGAUAGUGUCCAUCGAUGAAGAUGCCAUCGACUCCAGUUGCAUUGACAGCGAUUCCGAGGCAGAAGCCGACGAUGGCUGUACAGUCCACAAACUGGGGCAACAGGUCAAAUUCCCGUCACAAAGCGAAGAGUUGACACAACUCAACAAGGGACUGACCGUGAUCAGUCGCCAGGUGGUGCCCAACAAUGGCCAGGGGCCACAUCCGCCAGCGGCUGCUGCCGAUGUGGUUGCCCAACAGGUGCUCAAUGGCAACAUGAAUCUGGCCACGCCCACAAGUCCAGCCUCGCCGCAACAGCAAAUUGGUAGCAUUGCGUUGAACAACACCACAGACGUUACUUUUGGCGACAAGCAUUACUACGAGGGACCCGUGACGAUACAACAGAUCCUCAUCGAUAGUCGGGAUAAGUGGAAAACGGCCGAAGGUCAUGAUAAUCCAGCAUUCAAUACGCAGGCAACGCCCAACGCUACAGAUAGCAAAUUGAAUAACUCCUGCGAGGCGCCAGCGUUAUGUCCUUUUCUGCCGCACAGCAUCAGUCGCAAGGCCAUCAUAAUAACGGGCAUACUCUUAGGAUUAACCAUUAUAAUGGGCGCCCUACUGGCAGUCAUAUUGGGCAAGACACCGUUGAAAAGUAAGCUUGGUGAUGGCGAAGAUACCAGACAAAGUAUUCCAAUCAAUUCACCAAUAGAUGAGGUCAACAUUGGCGGCGGUUUGGUGCUGCGAUAUGUGCCACGUGCCGUGUGGUUGGCUCAACCACCGCAAAAGGAGCUGCCGAGCCUCUCGCUGCCCGUGCCCAUGGUCAUACUGCUGCCCACGAACUCGGAGAACUGCAGCACCCAGGCACAGUGUGUGUUCAAGGUGCGUUUCCUGCAGACCUUCAACAUUGAGUCCGAGCGUCGCGAUGAUAUUUCCUUCAAUUUCCUGAUUGGUGGCGAUGGCAAUGUAUAUAUUGGUCGUGGCUGGGAUUUGGUUGGAGCCCACCUGAAUGGAUACAAUACAAGGAGUGUGAGCUUCGCCUACAUUGGCACUUUUCAGCAUCAGGCACCGUCGCCGAAGCAGCUCAACGUUACGCGAUUGCUGCUUGAGGAUGGCGUCAACCGGGGAAAGAUUGCGCCCAACUACAAACUGGUUGGGGCGAGUACUUUGGAGCCCACAAUUACGCAAUACAAUGCCGAUCGGCUGUAUCAGAGCUUUAGCAAUUGGACCCAUUGGACCACAGUAAACUAAGCAACCCACACAAACAACAACAACAACAACAACCACAAAAUACAAGUGUAGUCAUGACUAGUAUCUCCAAUUCGCAUGUAAAAUUUAUUUGAUAUGUGGCAUAUUUCAUUAAGCUAGCUUUAAGCUUUGUUUGUAACAAUUGUGAUAUAAUUAAAAGCAACAAAAAUAUCUUGAAAGUUCUAA